AUGGCCAGAGGACGCUACGCAGAUACAGCGCAGGUAAUGUAUGACACCCUUGAAUCUAUGGCCUGUUUGGGUGAAAUGAACACUGACAACCUCAAAAAGAUGACUCUUACCUUACCGAAGUUGGCACAAGCAAAAAUUCACGAGCAUCUAAAGAACCUCGAAAGUCAAGGUUGUGUUAUGCCAACCUUUCAGGAUGUGGUCGAUUUUCUUAAUGGUCGUGCAGAUGUGGCUAAUCAUCCACUCUUUUUAAGUUCUGUAUCUGAGAUGAAGACUCCGAACUCUAAGACACUCACUCUGAAGUUCACCUCGUUGGUGACGACAGAAGGAGCCACGAAUCAAAGCGAAAAUGGCAAUGCCGUUAAAUAUGACAAGAAACUAGAAACUGCCCGAUGUGUAGCCGGUCACAUCCCCUCAAUCUAUGUGGGACUUUCUAAUCAAAGCCUGGAGAUGAAGGAAAUGAGUUUUUCAAGAGGAGCCGCUUUUUCUUAA